GUUUGAGCCGCCUGUGGACGGCGGCGACGCUGGCGCUGGCGCUCCAGGGCUGCUCGCGACUAUCCUCGACGCCUCUUCGGGAGACGGCUCUCGGCGGGACGCGGCUGCAGGCAGAGGUCCUGGCCAGCGGGUCGGCCUGCCGCGCGACGCCGGCCGACGUCGGGCGGGAGGGCGCGGCGCGGGGGCUCGCCGAGCAGCCGCGCGUUGCGGGCGAAAGGGCGCGCCCCAUUGCCCGCGAGCUAUUCUGCGGGCACGGCUCGCUCCGCGCCUCUCGCGAUGGCGCGGAACUGGCAGGUCGCGAUGGCCAACUGCUCGCCGAUGAGCACGUGGCUGCUGGCCUGCGCGCGUACAAGAGGCCAGGGUAUGAUGAGGGCUGCGUCAAGGACAUCAUGGAGCGAUGCGAGGGCCUGGGCCUGCAGUUCUACUUCCGCACCUGCGCUGAAGACGGUCGCACCCCAGUUGACUGCGUUCGCUUCGUCAGCGAGGCCGCCGAGUUCAUGCGGGCGCAGAUGAAUCCGACUCCGAAGCGCAAGGCGGAGGCUGAUCCGCCCGCGGCUGCCGCGUUGAUGCAGAGACAUCAAGGCCACGGGGGUGUGAGCGACGUUGGCGACGAGAUGGCAUGCGCCCUGAAGCGUGGCGCCCUGGUUCGCCACGCCAUCUGGCAGCGCAGCUGCUUCGACGUGGCCAGCGAACGGCAACGCAAUCCAUAUCGCAUGGAGGUGGCCGGCGAGUUGACGGGUCGCAACGCUGCGCUCGUCGAGAACCGCAGGGAGCUCUGCGAAAUUAGCGACGGUCUGCAGGAACAACGUGAUGAGUUCAAGGAGAGGAAGCGUGACCAGGAGGACAAGAUUGUCCGCCUGGAUCACGGUAAAGGCAUAGACACGCAUGAUGCGACAUGGUACCAGAUGCCUCCGCAGCAGCUCAAAGAACGCAGAGAUUUCAGGAUCACAUUACGAAAAAAGAUGGAAUCAUUGGCCAAGAUAUGCAUAGCAGCAAAGGGUGCCAACCGAAAUUGUGACGGCACGCUCUUCGAGCUUUCCAUAUGUAAGUUGAUGGACUCACAGUGUUUCAAAGUCGGCAAGCAGCUGCUCUACAUGACCAAUAUGAAGACCAUCCAGACCGACAAACUAAAAAAUAUCAGAGAACGUCAGAAGAACCUCAGUGCAGAAGAGGCUGAGAUUGAAGAGGAGCUCGGGAAGAUAAAGCAAGUUAUCGCAGAGCUGAAUGAGAUGGACUCCAGUGACGACGAAGAAGUUCACAGUCAUGGAGACAUUCAUCAUGGACCCAUAGGAGGACGUCCAGACCACGUUGCUGCAGACGUACACAUGGCCGCGCCUGCCCCUGAUAUCACCGCCAAGGGAGCAGGCAAAGGAUCGGCCCCACCGCCGCCGCCGCAGUGGUGGACAGGAUCGCCGUCAGCGCCUGCAGUGUGGGAUCCAGUACAUGGCUGGACAAAUGGAUCGACAGCACCGCCUCCGCCAGUCAAUAGUGACCAGAGCAGUAUCAGUCAGCUGAUGAACCAGCUCAUGUCAGUAGUGCAGGGCAUGAUCAACAAGCAGGCCAAACCUGAAUUCAUCCAGGAUCCCCCCUUUGCAGCCCCCAUGGUUAAGAAGACCACCAUCACCCACUCCAUGAAGGUGGCUCAAUACAAUGUCAAGUCCCUUGCGCAGAGGGCCGCGUAUGGGUGCCUCGGCCGUCGGCGUCGCAUGCGUUCUGAGAUCGUCCGGCUCCAGCUCCAGGACAUGGGGGUUUUGCUGGCUGGACUUCAGGAGAUUCCGCUCAGGUCCUGGGAAGUAGAACUAAACGAGCAUGCUGCAGGAGUGGCUCGCGACAUCCACGAGGCGGCGCAGCUUGCCUUUCACAUCAAGUCCGUGAGAGCGCGCCAGCCGUACAUCAACCAGCCCACCCUGGACCUGGGGCUAACCACUAAGCUACGAGUUGCGCACGAGCGAAUCUACAGGGCGGCGUUAGGCAAGCCGAGAGCCAGCAACGCCGAGCAGCAUGACGCCUACCACGACAUCAUGCAGCACACGGACCGGCUGCCAUAUCACGUCAUCUUGCGCAUCAACAGGCGCAUUGAGGCUCAUGUGAGGGACACCCCCAUGGCCAUAGUCAAGCCUCAGGCCCCAGUGUACUUCUGCCAGGCUUGCUCCGCAUCAUUCGAGGCUGCUCGCGACUACAAGGCCCACGCACUAGAG